UAGGCGCCCCCCACCUGCUGGGAUCGAUCGAACUAUCCGGAAGCCAACCGCACAGAUCUCUACUCUGCACCCGGCGCCUAUGAGCGAGCAACUGAAACGCGACUACGAGAUCGGCGAGGAGAUCGGGCGCGGCCGCUUCGGCGUGGUCCACCGCUGCGUCUCCCGCGCCACCGGCGAGGCCUUCGCCGUCAAGUCCAUCGACCGCUCGCGCCUUGCCGACGAGCUGGACCGCGCGCUGUCGGAGCUGGAGCCCAAGCUGGCCCAGCUCGCGGGGGGCGGCGGCCACCCGGGCGUCGUGCAGGUGCACGCGGUGUACGAGGACGAAGGCUGGACGCACACCGUCAUGGACCUGUGCUCGGGCCCCGACCUGGUAGACUGGGUCCGCCUCCGCCGCGGCGCGCCCGUCCCGGAGCCCGACGCCGCCCACGUCGUCGCGCAGCUCGCCGGCGCGCUCGCGCACUGCCACAGCCGCGGCGUCGUCCACCGCGACGUCAAGCCGGACAACAUCCUCCUCGACCUCGACCCAUCCGGCGAGGGUGGACCCCCGCGCGUGCGGCUUGCGGACUUUGGCUCCGCCGCAUGGGUCGGCAGCGAGGGUCGCGCGGAGGGGCUCGUGGGGACGCCGCACUACGUGGCGCCCGAGGUGGUGGCCGGCGGCGAGUACGGGGAGAAGGUGGACGUGUGGAGCGCCGGGGUGGUCAUGUAUGUGCUGCUCUCCGGCGGCGCGCUGCCGUUCGGCGGCGACACGGCCGCCGAGGUGUUCUCGGCCGUGCUGCGCGGGAGCCUCAGGUUCCCGUCCGGGCUGUUCGCCGGGGUUUCGCCGGCUGCCAAGGACCUCAUGCGGCGGAUGAUGUGCCGCGACGUUUCGAGAAGGUUCUCCGCCGAGCAAGUCCUCAGGCACCCGUGGAUCCAGAGCGGAGGGGGAGCCCGAGAAGCGGUGUAGCCAACCUGAGUCCAUGUCGAACCAGACCUUCGGAUCGUGUGAAGUCCCGACGAGUUUUGUCCCAACGCCUUUGUAUGUUUAGUACGCGACCGUGGCGAGGAGUGGAGAGCAUCGAUCGCUGCACCCGAGAGUGAUGAACUGGGAGGCCCUCCGGUGGCCGGCUUUUCUCUUUUCCUUUCGGGCUUUUGUUUUUGGCCGACUUGCUUGAGAGAACAAGCAGUUUUAUGUAAUGAGAUGCUGUGAUUUACUAACCCUGCAUGUACAAAUGAAUAAGAAUUACUAGUAGCUUGAUCUUUCUCUAA